AUGAACGUUUUUUCAGUUUAUUGCACGCAUGCAGCUCACGUUUUUUGUGUUCAUAAGGCGGAGCUUGCGGUGGAACUCGAUCUGACGAAAGUCACUUCUGGCCUUGGGCUAGAAGUGGACUGGGCAGAUGGAAAGACUCUGUUCAUCAAGAGCGUUAAGGCUGAAGGUGCGGUGCCGCACUGGAACAAGAAGCAUGCUGCAAAUCCAGUUGCUGCUGGCGAUCGGAUCAUAUCCAUCAAUGGCAAGGCAGGCGAUCCCAAGGCGAUGUUGGCCGUCUGUAAGAAGGAGAAGCAGCUUUCAUUGUUGAUCCGGACUGGGGCUGGUGAUACCAGCACUGCAGCCAAGAAAGUGGCCUCGAGCAUAACCUCAGCUGUACAGCACUCACUGGCAGCGCUGCCAUCCUCGGAUGAUGGCGGAAAGUCGAAGCAAAGCCCCAAGUUCUUCGACUUCAACGUCACAGUGGACAUGGCAUUCCAUAGUCAACUUGGAUUGGACGUGGACACUGCAAGCGGAAAGUCCCUGUACGUCAGACAUCUGCAGGCAGGUGCCAUUGAGGAGUGGAACCGGAAGCAUCCAGCUCAUUUGUCCGUGCACGCUGGUGACCGAAUCGUUGCAGUGAACGGCUUUGCUCAUGAUGCUCAGGCCAUGGUCUCCUUGUGUCGCGAGCUCAUGCAGAGCCGCAGCAAGUUCCAGCUGCGAGUACGGGGCCCACCGCCACCUCCAAGCAAGAUAGAGAAAAGCAAGGAGACGCUGCGUGAGGACAAAGUUGAGGAGAAAAAACCCAGUGAUCCUGAUGGCAACGCCAACAGUAGCAGCAGCAAUAGCAGCAGCGCGGAGGAGAAGGCAAAGGACGCCGGCAAGAGCAAGGAGAAAGAUCGUGAAAAGACGACCAAGCAAAAGGACAAGGACAAAGAUAGGUCAAAGGACCAAGGAAGGGUAAAGGACAAGGAUGCAAGCAAGGACAAGGAGCGAGUCAAGGACAAGGAUCGCAAGAGCCGCGAACGUGAGCGAGAGAAGGACGGAGUCGGAGGCAAGGACAAAGAAAAGGCUAAGGACAAGCAGAACAAAGAGAAGAAAGACAAGGACAAGGACAGGGACGCUGACAAAGACCGAGGCAAGAAGCGAGCCAGGUCGCCUGAGGACUGA